GUACGACACAGCGGCGGCCCUAGUGGAGGCCAUGGACCCGGCCACCGUGGAGCAGCAGGAGCACUGGUUUGAGAAGGCCCUUCGGGACAAGAAAGGGUUCAUUAUCAAACAGAUGAAGGAGGAUGGGGCCUGCUUGUUCCGGGCAGUGGCGGACCAGGUGUAUGGUGACCAGGACAUGCAUGAGGUUGUCCGGAAACAUUGCAUGGAUUACCUGAUGAAGAAUGCCGACUACUUCUCCAAUUACAUCACUGAGGACUUCACGACCUACAUCAACCGAAAAAGGAAGAAUAACUGUCACGGGAACCACAUUGAGAUGCAGGCCAUGGCUGAGAUGUACAACCGGCCCGUGGAGGUGUACCAGUACAGCACGGAGCCCAUCAACACGUUUCAUGGCAUUCAGCAGAAUGAGGACGAACCCAUCCGGGUCAGCUACCAUUGCAACGUCCACUACAACUCAGUGGUGGACCCCAACAAGGCCACCAUUGGUGUGGGGCUGGGGCUCCCCUCCUUCAAGCCAGGGUUUGCUGACCAGUCCCUGAUGAAGAAUGCCAUUAAAACAUCAGAGGAAUCCUGGAUUGAGCAGCAGAUGCUAGAAGAUAAGAUGCGAGCCACAGACUGGGAAGCCACCAACGAGGCCAUUGAGGAGCAGGUAGCCAGAGAGUCUUACUUACAGUGGCUUCGGGACCAGGAGAAGCAAGCUUGGCAGGUCAGGGGCCAAGCACAGCCCCGAAAAGCCAGCGCCACUUGCAGCUCUACCACAGCAGUGGUUUCUAGUGGUCUGGAGGAGUGGAGUGGCAGGUCCCCCAGGCAGCGGAGCACCGCCCCCUCCCCUGAGCAGCAGGACCUUCACCCAGAGCUGGGCCCCAAGCCACCCUCACCAGGCCAUGCCCUCACUCUUGCCAAACCCCCAUCACCCUGUGCAUCAGGUCCAAGCAGCCAGUCGGUGAUGGGAGGAGACCGAGCCACCUCCUCCCUUGUGUCCCUGUACCCUGCUCUGGAAUGCCUGGCCCUGAUCCAGCAGAUGUCACCUAGCACCUUUGGUCUAAACGACUGGGACAUGGCUUCCGUCUUUGUCGUCUCCCAACAGGAAUAUUUGGACAGUAUGAAGAAAAACACAGUACACAGAGACCCCCUCCCCCCCCCCCGCCCCACCAGUUAA